UUAUCUUGAUUAUCAAGAUUAAUUAAUAAUAAUCAAGUAUGAGAAUUGAGAAUCAACAAUCAACAAUCACUCAUAAGCAAUUGAUUAAUCUAAUUGUGCAAUUCAAUUCUAAUUGUUUAAAUCCUGUUUUAAAGUGAAUUCAGUUAAUUGUUAUCUCUUGAUUUACUAAUUUUUUGUUAAUUUCUUUCAGUGUGAUUGACCAUAAUGGCCAGUAAAUUAGCUUAUCCAUUUUUAGCCAAAUUCAGGACAAAAAGUAAAUUAUAUCAACAGUUUCUCAUUGAACUUGUUGGUACCUUCAUUUUAAUUGUACUUAUUGACAAUGCAGUGGCUACUUACAGCUUUGGACACACCUCAGAUCACUUUGCAAUAGCCACAACCGCGGGUGUCGGACUUUACAUUGCAGUUGUUUUUGGUGCUACAGUUUCAGCUGGACAUGUGAAUCCGGUUGUUACUUUUGCACUUGCAACUUUGAAAAAGUGUCCAUGGCGAUCGGUUCCCGUUUAUUUCGCCGGUCAGUUUAUCGGCGGUAUGGCUGCGGCAUUGGUCAGUUUCGCGAAUCAAAGGUUGGCCAUUGUUUCUCGAGAUGGACUUAACUCUUCGAUGGCGAGUAAAACUGUCUCUCUGUUCAUGUCCAAUCCUGGAAUUCGACCAGUUGACCACGAGACUGUGAUCGUUGAUCAAAUUCUUUGUGUUGGAAUUUUAAUGUUCGCCAUAAUGGUUCUAAUCGAUGGUUCAAAUGACCACAACUCUAAAAGAACCACACCUUUUGGAUUACUUUUUAUUCUGAUUGCGGUGAUCCUCGCUUUCGGUUCCAAUGCUGGAGCAGCGAUCAAUCCAGCUCGCGAUUUACCUGCAAGACUUUUCGCCCAUUUCAUUGGACUCGGCGAUAUGUGGUCAGAUUGCUUCUGGCUUACCGGAAGUACUUUAGGUCCAUUCCUCGGGGCAGUUAUCGGUGCCUGGGCUUACUAUUUGUGCGUUGAAAUUCACAGGAUUGACGAUGAACGAACAGGAUCCGCUCCUCAUGAAUUACAUUUACUAGAUUUAGAAAAGACUUUGGAAAAACUUGAAGUGCUAAUUGAAGCUGAAAAGUCAACUAAGAAUAGAAACAAAUUAUUGGAUUAAGAUCAAUCAUCUAAUCACCAUGGAGAUCAUCUUAUUCAUCCAACAACAAUUUACCAAAUGUAAUAACUAUUAGAUAAAAUCAUUGAAAAUUAAACUCAUUUACCAAUAAUAAUAA